AUGAAUAAGAAGCGCGAGAGGCAACUUCCUCCAUGGGCAAGUACUGCCCAUGCGGUUCGUAACACGUUCUUGGAAAAUUUCCGUGAAACCGAGAAGAAUGGCGACGAGAGAGGAAGUUCUUGCGCGAUCGCCGUGGUAAUCGAGAGGAAGGACACGCAUCAUGGUUUGUCUCCCACCACCAUCACCACCCCCCGGUUGCCAUACCACAUGGCAUCGGAACGAGAUCCUCUCCUGGGACCUACAGAUGUAGUCUCUGGUGAAGAUGAAGAGCUUACAGGAGAGUCAUUCGAUAAUGUUCCGAAGAGCAAACGACAAUUAGGGCUUUAUAGUGCCGUUUUUCUAAUCUUCAAUCGGAUUAUUGGGACCGGCAUUUAUGCAACACCAAGUGUUAUUCUCAGGGCAUCAGGAAGCGUUGGCGUUGCAUUGAUAAUGUGGAUAGUGGGCGCAACUAUUGCUGCAGCCGGAACUGCUGUUUUUAUAGAGCUCGGAACAGGAUUACCUCGAAGUGGCGGAGAGAAGAACUACCUCGAGUUCAUGUAUCGGCGACCAAAAUUUCUCAUAACUUGCAUCUAUACGAUUUAUGCUGUCGUUACGGGUACGGCUGCCGCAAACAGUAUUGUUUUUGGAGAAUACACUCUACAUGCCCUCGCUAUAGAACCAACCAGCUUCAAUGCCAGGUUUAUUGCCUGGCUGUCUCUCACAUCCGUAGUUCUAGUCCACGGAACUUGGCUUCAGUUUGGCCUUCGGCUCCAAAAUGCGUUGGGACUUGUCAAGCUCCUCAUUCUCUCCUCCAUUGCGUUGUGUGGCCUAUUGUCUCUAGCAGGCGUUCCCAGACUUGCCGUGAAGGAUGAAUACGAACCGCCCGACAAUUUUAAGUGGGAUAAGUUCUGGGAAGGAAGCAGAACCGACGCGAAUUCAUUCGUGUCAGGUCUUUAUAAUGUGACUUGGUCAUUCAAUGGUUAUUCAACCGCAAACUAUGCUCUCUCAGAAGUUCGCGAUCCCGUGAAGACAAUCAAACGUGCUGCGCCAAUUGCUAUGAUUACCGUCACUGCGAUAUACCUCUUCAUUAAUAUUGGUUAUUUCGCCGUGGUAUCCAAAGGAGAUAUCCUUGGGAGUAAGCGCAUAGUUGCUGCGCUCUUUUUCCGAAAUUUAUUUGGGGAAGCAGCAGAACGAACUUUAAGUGCGUUCGUCGCGUUCUCAACCAUGGGCAACCUUCUCGCAAGCCAGUUCGGUGCCAGCAGAGUCAUCCAAGAGCUUGGUCGCGAGGGGCUGUUGCCGUGGUCGUCUUUUUUUGCCAGCAGCAAGCCAUUCAACGCGCCCCUCGCUGGUCUGUUUACGCAGUACCUCCUAUCCUGCGCCUUCAUGGUACUACCUCCUGCGAGUGAUGCAUAUUUAUUCAUGAUCAGCCUAUCAUCCUAUUCUGUGGCUGUUGUCAACCUGUUCGUUUCGCUUGGACUGUUACUUUUGUACACCCCAGCCUAUCGCAGCUGGGAAUGGAAGCCUCCUUUCCGUGCUCAUACCGUGGUAGUGGUAUCAUUUUUCAUCUCGAAUGUGUUUCUCGUCGCUGUGCCCCUCAUUCCACCGGCAUCUAAUGCCAGAACAUACGAUCGCCUUCCGUACUGGUCGCAUGUUGUUACAUCCUUGGGAUUGUCGAUCAUUGGAAUUAUUUAUUGGUACCUCAAGACAGUUUGGGUCCCAAGGAGACGCGGUUACGAACUUCAUCGGGAAUGGGUCUUACAAGAUGAUGGUGUCUCUAGAUUUGUCUUUCGGAAAACAGUAAUCUAG